AUGGACCACUUCAAUUCUACCGAUUUCGACACCCACAUCAAUGAUCUUAUCUUGGAAUGGAAAAUCCCAGGUCUAGCGAUUGCAGUCAGCCAAGGUGAAGACGUUCGCUCAAAAGGCUUUGGUCUUGCGACUCUCGACCCACCAAGACCGUGCAAUGGCGAUACAAUCUUCGACCUGGCUUCCAGCUCCAAAUCACUCACAGCUGCAUCAGUAGGACUUCUCGUUGCCGAUGAGGAGAAGUAUUCGAAUGUGACCUGGACCGCCAAGAUGCACGACCUAUUACCUGACGACUUCGUAAUGUCUGAAGAGAGUUACACCAAGGACAUUACGGUUGAAGACACAUUAGGCCAUCGGACAGGACUUCCACGGCACGAUUUGUCUUAUUUUGGCAUUCGAUCAAACCAUACCGACACUCCUCAAUCUGUGACUCGCAACCUGCGGAACCUGCAGCUUAAUGCUCCCAUAAGAACGAAGUAUCAGUACAACAACAUAUUCUAUACUGUGGCAACACAUCUCGUGGAGAAGUUCUCGGGCGCCGACUUUUCAGAUUUCCUCCAGAAGAAUUUCUUUGCACCGCUCAAUAUGACUUCUACGCAUCUACAGCCCGAUGCCUCAAAGGCAGCCGGACUUGAAGAGCGCCUUGCCACGCCAUAUCAUUGGGUCGACGAAACCAAAUCCUACAGAACCGUGCCGUAUCAGCAGUGUCCCGAAGCGCAGGGCGCAGGGUCUGUCAUGACCAGUGUCAAUGAUUACAUCAAGUGGGUACGGGCAUUGAUGAACCAACAAGAUCCUAUCACGAAAGAAGUCUUUGAGGGCAUCACCAAAAUUCGCAUCCCAAUCGAUCCGGACGUCGAUGAUGAGGAUAGAGACCCCUUCACAUCUUUCGAAGGCUAUGCUACCGGCCUGGGUGUCAAGUACUAUCGUGGAGCGCAAAUCAUUAGUCACGACGGCGGGGUUCCUGGCUUCAGCAGUAUUCAUCUGUUCAUGCCAGAACAUGAUUUUGCACUCAUUGUUCUUGGCAAUACUGGUGAAGCGGGAACGAUCUGUGACGUUGUUGCGAUGGAGCUCGUUGAUGCUAUGCUGAAGGUUCCACGCACUGAAAGAGUCGACUGGUUGGCUCGAGCGAAAGCGAUGAAAGAGAAGGAGGACAAGGAGGACAAGGAAGAUAGCUUGCGGAAGAAGCUGCUACAGGAUUCCGAAAAUCCAGAAGCUCUGAAGAUGCCACUGGAGACCUAUGCUGGACACUACUGGAAUGUCGGAUAUCGGGGCAUUGAGAUUCAAAUCAGAGACGGAAACCUCUUCAUCGAUGCGAGCGACCGUUCGAUGGGGUUCUACCUUACUUUGGAGCAUCUCAAAGAUCAGACGCUGUUCGAAGGCAGAAUGGAGGACUACUUUGAUGGCUCAGAAGGGGAAAUGGCUGCCGAGUUCAAAUUCGACAAUGACAGGGUUGUGAAGUUGGGUCUAGAUAUGGAGAGUGAUCUUGGGCACUACAUCUGGUUCGACAAAGUGGAAGGGCCGAGAAAGGACUUGCCCGCCAGGUAG